CUCUCUUUGGACAACAAGAUCUUUGCUCUGGCACCUGACUCCACAGUGAGAGCGCUUCCUCAUGUGGUUACUUUAUUUCCUGAUUAAAAGUGAUUAAGCAGCUCUAAAGCCUACAGAAAUGCGACUAACCGGAACAGAAACAAAGAAUCCAUUCAAGACCUCUUAAAUCCCCAAGGCAGUAUUUAGAGAGCCCUGAAGAAGAGAACUGGAGCAGAACCACUCUAUCAAUAACUCCCCGUUCUUCCUCCUUUUGUGUUCUUCACUGCCAACAUCUCCUCCACCAUGUCGUUCUCUGAAGCAGAAGUGCAAAGUGCCCGUGGUGCCUGGGAGAAGAUGUAUGUUGAUGCUGAAGACAACGGGACAGCUGUGCUGGUCAGGAUGUUUACAGAGCACCCAGACACCAAGUCCUACUUCACACACUUCGCAGGCAUGGACACUGCCGAAGAGAUGAAACAGUCGGCUCAGGUCAGGGGGCAUGGCAAGAAGGUUUUUACUGCCAUCAAUGACAUGGUGCAACACUUGGACAACACCGAAGCUUUUGUUGGGAUAGUGAACCCACUGGGCAAGAAACAUGCCACCCAGCUCAAGAUAGACCCCAAAAACUUUAAGAUUAUCUGUGACAUUAUCUUGCAAGUGAUGGAGGAGAAAUUUGGUGGAGACUGCAAAGCUUCCUUUGAGAAGGUGACCAAUGAAAUCUGCACUCAGCUGAACAAUGCCUACAAAGAAGCUGGCUGGUGAGGAUGCAACCUCUAGGCUUCUCAAACUUCUCACCAGUCCUGAUUUGCUGCUUUCGGUCCUCCAGCCACAGUUGGAAGAAAGAAAAAGUCAGAAAAAAACAACAAAAAGAGAGAG